AGACCAGAGGCGGGGCCUCCCCUCCCGACUCGCCGCUCAGGGGCGUGGCUACUGACCCGCAUCUCUCUGCCCAGCCAAACCCCAGCUAGAGCAGCGCUUUGUUCUGGCCGCUGCCUUCUCUCCCUCUCGCAUCUGGAUGCGUCUUUUGCCUUCCCAUUCCCGCCUUCUGCCCGCUCGCUGAAUCUGGGCUCGCAUCCCCUUCCCCAGCCUCUGCGCCCCAGCGUGGGCUCCCCUUCCCCCAAACUUCGGGCCAGCGCCCUUGCGGGGCGGCCUUCUCUGCAUCACGCUCCGAGCGUCUCCUUCCCGGCCGCCCGCUCUCCGCUCUCGCUGCUCCCAGGUCGGGGUCUCCGCCCGGUUCCGCCCCUCCAGGCGGGGAAUGUGCCCCGCAGCCCCGCGCCCAUGGUCCUGACGCUGCUCCUCUCCGCCCACAAGCUGUGCGGCUUCUUCACCAUGUCUGGACCGCGGGCCGGCUCCGAGAGGCUGACUGUGCCCGGGCAGGAUGGAGGCGGCGGCGCGGGUCCGUGGUGGGCUACGGGCGGCCGCGGGCCCCGCGAGGUGUCGCCCGGAGUGGGGGCCGAGGUGCAGGGCGCCCUGGAGCGUGCGCUGCCCGAGCUGCAGCAGGCGCUAUCAGCGCUGAAGCAGGCGGGCGCCGCUCGGGCCGUGGGCGCGGGCCUCGUUGAGGUCUUCCAGCUGGUGGAGGAGGCCUGGCUGCUCCCGGCCGUGGGCCGCGAGGUGGCCCAGGGUCUAUGCGACGCCAUCCGCCUGGAUGGCGGCCUCGACCUGCUGUUGCGGCUGCUGCAGGCGUCGGAGCUGGAGACGCGUGUGCAGGCCGCGCGCCUGCUGGAGCAGAUCCUGGUGGCGGAGAACCGGGACCGCGUGGCGCGCAUCGGACUGAACGUGAUUCUGAACCUGGCGAAGGAGCGCGAGCCGGUGGAGUUGGCACGGAGCGUGGCAGGGAUCUUGGAGCAUAUGUUCAAGCACUCCGAGGAGACGUGCCAGCGCCUGGUGGCGGCUGGUGGCCUGGACGCGGUACUGUAUUGGUGCCGGCGCACAGACACGGCGCUCCUGCGCCACUGCGCGCUCGCGCUGGCCAACUGCGCGCUGCACGGGGGCCAGGCAGCGCAGCGGCGCAUGGUGGAGAAGCGCGCCGCCGAGUGGCUCUUCCCGCUCGCCUUCUCCAAGGAGGACGAGCUGCUGAGGCUGCACGCCUGCCUCGCGGUGGCGGUGCUGGCAACCAACAAGGAGGUGGAGCGCGAAGUGGAGCGUUCCGGCACGCUGGCGCUCGUGGAGCCGCUCGUGGCCUCGCUGGAUCCUGGCCGCUUCGCCCGCUGCCUGGUGGACGCCAGCGACACAAGCCAGGGCCGCGGGCCUGACGAUCUGCAGCACCUCGUGCCGCUGCUCGACUCGUCGCGCUUGGAGGCUCAGUGCAUCGGGGCUUUCUAUCUCUGUGCGGAGGCUGCCAUCAAGAGCCUGCAGGGCAAGACCAAGGUGUUCAGUGACAUUGGCGCCAUCCAGAGCCUGAAACGCCUCGUGUCCUACUCCACCAACGGCACCACGUCGGCACUGGCCAAGCGCGCCCUGCGCCUGCUGGGCGAGGAGGUGCCGCGGCGCAUCGAGCCCUGCGUGGCCAGCUGGAAAGAGGCGGAGGUCCAGACGUGGCUGCAGCAAAUCGGCUUUUCGCAGUACCGCGACAGCUUCCGGGAGCAGCAGGUAGAUGGAGAUCUGCUUUUGCGCCUCACCGAGGAGGAACUGCGGACUGACCUGGGGAUGAAAUCGGGCAUCACCCGCAAGAGGUUCUUUAGGGAGCUCACGGAGCUCAAGACCUUCGCCAACUAUGCCACGUGCGACCGCAGCAACCUGGCAGACUGGCUGGGCAGCCUGGACCCGCGCUUCCGCCAGUACACCUAUGGCCUGGUCAGCUGCGGCCUGGACCGCUCCCUGCUGCACCGCGUGUCCGAGCAGCAGCUGCUGGAGGACUGUGGCAUCCGCCUGGGUGUGCACCGCUCCCGCAUUCUCUCCGCAGCCCGAGAAAUGCUCCACUCCCCACUGCCCUGUACCAGCGGCAAGCUCGGCGGGGACACCCCAGAUGUCUUCAUCAGCUACCGAAGGAACUCAGGCUCCCAGCUGGCCAGCCUUCUGAAGGUGCAUCUGCAGCUGCAUGGCUUCAGUGUCUUCAUCGACGUGGAGAAGCUGGAAGCCGGCAAGUUUGAGGACAAGCUUAUCCAGAGCGUCAUGGGCGCUCGCAACUUCAUGCUGGUGCUCUCAGCUGGGGCCCUGGACAAGUGCAUGCAGGACCACGAUUGCAAGGACUGGGUGCACAAGGAGAUUGUUACUGCUUUGAGCUGUGGCAAGAACAUUGUGCCUAUCAUUGAUGGCUUUGAGUGGCCUGAGCCCCAGGCUUUGCCUGAGGACAUGCAGGCUGUGCUCACCUUCAACUGCAUCAAGUGGUCCCACGAGUACCAAGAGGCCACCAUUGAGAAGAUCAUCCGCUUCCUGCAGGGCCGCUCCUCCAGGGACUCAUCUGCAGGCUCUGAUACCAGUUUGGAGGGGGCUGCGCCCAUGGGCCCACCUUAGCCAGUCCCCAGUUCCCGCGCCCUUCUGUGAAGUCCCCCUUCCCACUUCCUCCCGAAGGUACGCCUGGCUGGUCUGGGCUGAGACAGCCUGGGCUCUUUCAGGAAGUGGCUCUUGCUGUCCCCACCCUCCUCAGUAUGUGGAAAGGCAGGGAAGCCAGGCAUGGGGGUGAGGAGGCCGCCUCCUCCCUCAGGCCCUGCCAUCAGGUUCCCUGUCUUCCACUCCCACAACUGUGUCCUGGCUUAGUUGUGGAGGGUUGCUGCAAGUUCUCCAUCUCCUACCCAGAGUGCCACUAGCUUGAGAAGGAGGAAGCCAUGCAGCCUUUGACAGGAAGGAAGUGGGUAGUGCCGAGCCCUCCUGUGCCUGGGCCUCGUCCAAGCAAGAGCCUGAGCCAGGGAUGACAGUCAGACUCAGACUGUGCCUGGCCCCCGGCUCACCACUUCCUGCCGCCUGUGGCCUUGCCCUGCAACCACUCAGUGCCCUCACAGCCUUCCUCUGGGGCAGCCUUCUCUGCCACGUCCAGGUUCAAGGUCGGGCUGAGCCGGCCUUCUUGCUGGUCUACGACACAGGAAUCUUGCUUGGGCCUGGGACUGGUCAGGGGAGGCCACAUCUCAAGCUCACCCUACCACCUGCCUUGGUGCUGUGCCCAAGGCUCCUGCCUGGCCUGGGCCCGCUGGCUUCCCUAGCUCCUCCCCCACCCAGGGCUUCCCAUCCAAUUGCUCAGGGAAGAGGGGGACCAGACAGCCGCCUGUCAGCAGCAGGAGCCUGGAAAGAACCUACAGUUCUGUGGGCAGGGCAAGGGUUAUGACCUAGGGCAGGUUUGCCAAGUAUAAAGUACAUUCAUAUCCCUUUGGGACCCUUGUUAAGAUUCAACUCAGGGGAUCCCAGGUGGGGCCUGAGGGUCUGCGAUUCUGAUUCCCAGGAGAGCCAAAGUUGGUGGUUAAGGGAUGACACCGAGCAGCAAGUCCCUCGGGAAUCCCUGCCGUUUCCCAAGCACUGCACUCAGGGUCUGCUCAUCACAGCAACCCCACCCAGCAUGGUCACUCCCACUUCACAGAUAAGGAAGAAAGGCUGAGCGAUGAGCCCAGUUUCCAAAGCCACUAUUAGGGGCAACCCCAGGACCCAGCCCCAGGCCUCCCAGCACCCAGCCACUGCAGGUGAACCUGCUGUCCCAAGACUCAUCCUGGAGGAUAUGCCCCAGGCAGGGCCAUGGUUGGUCCCUUGCCUCAGAGAUUUUGGCACUGGGAUAGGUUUUAGCCAAAACCCCAACCCAAGAGCUACACAGACAUAACAGGGCAAGAGUGUCCCUUGGUCCUUCCCUCUACUGGAGUAGGAAGGGGAAAAGCACCCUCCCCGCAGCAAACCAGUUAGUGGAGCUGGCUGUUACCGCCACGCUGCUCCCCUCGCAGGGCACCAUGAGGCUGGCACUGCUCCCAGACCCCUUACAUGUGGAGCAAGCCAGGUGCUCCUUGCUUUUAGGGCCACACCAUCAGAAAAUCAAGUCUCGUCCAGGCGUGGGAGUCUUCCUUCCACUUCCUGUCUUCCGCCAGUCCCAGCCUGGUGCGGCUCUGAGUAGGUGCCAUUCUCCCCCUGCCACGCGAGUUUGCCGGUGCAGGUCCAGGCUCUGUCCUGGAUGUGAGGAUGAGGCAGACUGGGUGCUGCCCCCACAGAGUGCAGUCGAUUACAAUACAGUGUACGAGCACCCCCA